AUGCCGAGCCCUUGCAAGAGUGGGCACCGACGAGGGAUUGAAGAGAAUGGGAGGCCGAGGAAAUUGGGGAACAUGACAGCAUUGUUUCAUGGUGGAGCCCAUCCCAAUCUGAUUGAGGCUGUGAUUCGCUGGCUGAAGACUAUUCUGGAUCUGCUUUCUGCCGAAAAAUUGCAGGAAAAUUUUGCGGAGAGGCCGGCUAGGCUGACGAAGUUGUUGUUGAAUGUAACGAUACAGGGGAGUUUGGGAGCUGUACAGGUGGUGAUGUUGCCGGAGUCGACGGUCGGGGAUCUGAUUACGGCGGUGGUGAGGUUAUAUUGA